AUGACUGGACACAGUUCGUAUUCACUUUCAUCAGAAAAUGGAAAUAAUAACGUCAGUGAUGCUUCUGUUUUGUCAAUUUUGGAUUUAAGCAAAGCAAUUUUAAUCGAAAUUUACAUUUGGAUUCAAACUGUAGGCAUACCGGUAGAGUGUGACCAGAUGUUGAGACGAAGUCGUCGUUUAUCGGAAGCUAAAGAGACAACCCAUUCUAAUGGUGGUGCCAUCAAUAAGAAGAAAAUCAAAUUGGAUGAUAAUGAUCUGAUGAAUAACAGCAAAGAUAAAGAAACUGUUGUUAAUAACAGUUCGACGAGAGAGAAUCAUGAAGUGAUUUUAUCAAAGAAAUCAUCAAAAACAAGUCUGAAAGAUAUUCCUUUAAAAGAUAGGAGAAAAACGAUCGACAAAAGUCGGAAUCAUAGAAGUUUAGAAAUGGAUGAUGUGGACUCUAUUAGCGAAAAUAUACAAGAUUUCGGUGUGAAUGAAAAGGCAAGCACAUCGAAUACCUACACGGAGGAAGCCGCUGCAGGAUUGGAUAUGAGAAGUACGAGUGGUGAAAGUUUGGCAGUAAUUCUUAAUCAAGGUUUGACGAGCAGUGAUACUGAAAAAGUCGAUGCAGUGUUGUUGAAAGUAGAUGUGCAGACGAUAUCAGCAACGCUGAAUGAUUUGCCAGUGACACAAAUUAUACCUUUGCUUAAGGAAAUUGAAUAUCGCUGCAGAAACCGCACACAUUUUGAAAGUUCUUGGAUGCGGUGGCUGCAAUGUAUUUUAUCUAAGCAUAUGGCUUAUCUCUGCACAAUUAGUACUUUAAAAGAAGAUUUGUCAUCCUUAUUUGGUUGGUUUAAUAAAAGGGCAUCGAAUAUGAAUGAAUUGUUGCAAGUAAGCGGAAAACUUUCUCUGAUAAAUGAACAAAUUAGUCGUCGCAUGUGUCCGCAGAUGUUUGUUUCGCAGCAACCAAGUAUUUCUUUUGUAGAUGAUGAUGACAUAUCAGAAACAUCAGGUGAAAUGAAUGAUCUUGACGAUGAAGACGAAAGUAUUGAAAGUGUGGAAAAGUGGUGGGAUGACGAAGAGGUUGAAUCUGGGGGAAGUCACUUCUCAUCUGAUGACGAAGGUGGAAAAGGAAGAAAAGAUUUGCGUCUCGGAGAAAAUCAGGGCAUAAAUGAUGAUGAUGAUAAUGAUAAUGAUAAUGAUGAUGAUGAUGAUGAUGAUGACGACGAUGAUGAUGAUAAUGAAGAUGGCAGUGAUAACAAUGAAAUAGAAAUGGAAUGUUGA